AUGUCCGCUACCGAACGAACAGCGCUGUUGUCGGAUAACCCUUACGGGCCAGCACCACUAGAAACAGCCCAUCGACCCGCUUCCACCGGGCCCGAGACUGCGAAACCUAAAAAUGUUGCCAAAGAACUGGGUCCCAAUAUUGUCCCUCAAAGAGCAAGUAGAACGAGUCAGAAGCUCAAGCUGCUUCCUGAUCAGCUGGAUUAUACGUCAAUUGAUUCCAGCGUAGACAAGUCCUACUCUUUACAGAAAAUCACCGAUAGACCGGCUAGAAAAGAUGCAGAGCGGUUGGGCAAAAAGCACCGUUCCUUAUUACCCCGUGUUACCGCCUACUGCACAGCUGGUUCGUACAAGAUGCGAGACCUCAUCAGAUGGCUUAAGGACCGUAAACGGAUCCAUGGAACGAUGCCAAAGCUUUUUGACGAGUGUAUAUACACUCCGUUUGCAUACAAAGACUGGAGAAGCAACAGUAAUGGCUCAAGCAAGAGACCUGACUUCAGCGACAAGUCUUCUUUGACCACGGAGACAAUUAGACUGGAUGACGAGGGAGGAGAGAUCGACGUGGGCAAACGUUCCACCGAUGUGUUUAUUUUCGAGUACGGAGUGGUGGUGCUUUGGGGAUUCAGCAAACGCGAGGAGGAAGCAUUUCUGGUCGAUUUGGCCAAAUUCGAGAACGAAAAGCUCUCGGACGAGGACGUCCAGGCUGAAGAAUUUAAUUACUACAUUACCCACAGUUAUCAGCCCAGAAUCUACAAUGAUUUCAUCACAUUAAGAGACGAUUCGAACUAUAUGCUUAAGCUGAGCAUUUCCUACGCAAUCUCGCAAUCGGUCAAGAUUUCGCUGUUUGAGGAGCUUGUCGAUAACACCAUCGAGGACACUCAGGAUAUUCCGCAGCAAAUUGCGCAGACCGGUAAGGUGGAGAUGAGCAGAGAGGAGAUCAUGAAAUCCAUUGGUGAGCUUUUCAUUCUUCGUAUCAACAUCAAUCUGCACGGUUCUGUGCUGGAUUCGCCCGAGCUCAUGUGGUCGGAGCCACAGCUAGAACCGAUUUACCAGGCUACACGUGGAUACAUGGAAAUCAACCAACGGGUGGCUCUCCUGAAUCAACGUCUGGAAGUGAUCAGCGAUCUGUUGCAAAUGCUCAAAGAGCAGCUAGGACACUCAAACGACGAGUACCUGGAAUUCAUCGUGAUUAUGCUGAUUGGUGCAGAGGUGAUUGUGUCGAUCAUCAACAUUAUCGUCGACAUAGUGGGGCAAAGAUAA